UUAGGGUCCAUCGAUUUUGCAGCAAUGGAUUAUGAACUGGUUCGUUCCAAGAAGAGUAUGAAAAACAACAAGUGGCUCGAGCAUAAUCUCGAAGAUAUGGACAGGAGCGUGAAAAAGAUGGUUAAGUUGAUAGAAGAGGAUGCAGAUUCGCUUGCCAAGAAGGCAGAGAUGUAUUACCAAAAGAGACCAGAACUCAUCAGCCUGGUCGAUGAGUUUCACCGUAUGUACCGUUCUCUAGCCGAGCGUUACGAUGACCUCUCCUCCUCUGACCUCACUACUGAGCUCAAUAACAAUAGGUUAGGCCGUCCUCCUUCCCGUCGCGCUCCUGGUUUUGACUACUUCCUUGGCAAUAACGGAGGAGGAGGCCUUCCCUCUGAUCUUUACCACAAAGAUGUAGAUGAUGCUGCUUCCGUUACCGACUCCGAACAGGAAUGGGAUGACUCCUCUUCCCUGGCUAGUUACCCCGGUUACGUGAGCGUUGGUUCAGACUUUCAGUCCCUGACCAAGAGGGUCGCUGAUCUCGAGAUCGAUCUGCGUGAAGCCAAAGAGAGACUCAGGAUGCAACUCGAAGGAAACACUGAGAGCUUGGCCUUGACAAGGGUGAAGAGUGAGAGUAAGUUUGUUGAUUAUCCAGCGAAACUCGCUGCUUGUGAGCAAGAGCUGAGAGAUGCAAACGAGAAGAUACUCAACUCAGAAGACCAAAUCUUCAUGUUAAAGAACCAGCUCGCUAGAUACUUGCCACAUGAGUUGGAUGAUGAGAAUGGCGAAGAAGGAGCAGAUUCAACACAAGAGAUGGACGUUGAGAGUUUGUCUGAAGAGCUGAGAAUCGCAAGCCUGAGGCUUAGGGAGGCGGAGAGAGAGAACGGCAUGAUGAGAAGAGAAGUUGAGAAGAGCAAGUCUGAUGAGUUAAGGCUCAAGAGCCUCCAGAACAUGCUCGAGUCGGCGCAGAAAGAAGCUGCAGCGUGGAAGAGCAAGUCUACUGCGGAUAGAAGAGAGGUGGCGAAGCUGCACGACAGAGUCUCCAUGUUGAAACAUAGUUUAGCAGGUAGAGAUCAUGAGAUCAGGGAUCUGAAGACAGCUCUGUCUGAUGCAGAAGAGAAGAUAUUCCCUGAGAAGGCGCAGUUCAAAGAAGAGAUAACCAGCCUCUUGGAGGAGAAAGCAAACCGAGACGAGCAGUUCAGUGAGCUGGAAGCGCAAGUGCGUUAUCUCGAAGAGGAGAUAAGAAGAGUGACUAAUGAGAAAACGGAAGAGGAGGAGAGGCUCAAGGGAGAAAUCGAGGUGCUGACGGUGGAAAAGGCAGUGAAAGAGAUAUGCAUAGAGACGGUAAGCAACAAGGUGAGUAAGCUAGAAUCAGAGAUGCUUCUGCUUGAAUAUGAAAUGAAAGCAAAAGACAGUAAGACAAUGGAGAUGGAGGAGGAGGUGGAGAAGCUGAGGAGUAAGCUAGAAGAAGUAGCAGAAGAGAAGAGGGAAGUGAUAAGACAGCUUUGUUUCUCACUGGACUACUCCAAAGACGAGUGCAAGAGACUACACACUACGCCUAUUCAGGGCAUCGACCAUUAAGAUCUUCCUACAUUUUCACUUUUCUGAUUCUGAUGUAUAUCAAUACUAUUUUUGUAACUUUGUUUUUGUCACUCUUUCACAUAUAGAAAGAGCUGUUUUUGGUUUUGUUUGUUUGAUAAAAAGAAUAAUAAAAAUCAAAAGAUUUAGUAACAGUUUGUGUUUGACAUUA